AUGUCAGGUGUCCGGAGUUCAAACCCCGGCACGGCCAUUGGAUAUGGACUGCUGAUGAGCUCUAACAAGAGCGAAACUCGAGUCCAGCCUGUCGAAUAUAACGACAGAACACUGGCUCGUGCUCUUGCGUAUCAGAAGUCGUUGAAGGCAAACAUGGGAGGGACUUUGGUGCUUCCUGCACUAAAAGCGGCCUAUGAUGCCCCACUGACUGGCAAAGAUUGGUACCGUCAAAUCUUGUUCGUCACUGAUGGCUAUGUGACCAAUGCAAACGAGGUUAUCGGACUAGCUGCGUCAAACGUUCACAAGGCCAAACUAUUUCCGAUUGGAAUCAGGCUUGAUUCAGGCAAACAUCUGUUGAUGUCUCUGGCCCGUGCUGGCCAAGGAACGGCCGCAUUUGUCCAGGAUGAUUCUAAACUCCGUGGUGUACUCAUGAAAAUUCUUGGAGCUGCUCUUCAACCCCGCGCAGGUGAUAUCAAAGUUCAGUGGGAGCUGAGAAGCAAGAACAACGGAAGCGCUGUAACCCCUCUGCAAGUGCUUACGAUUCCUGAGUGCAUCCCAGCAGUAUUCCACGGAAAGUUCAUCACCGUAUACGGACUUAUUCCGGCCGGAAGUUCCGUGGGGCUGUCCGGAACAGUAAGUCUUCAAUGCAAUGUUCUUGGAGAAAAACAACUGUUUAAAGUGGAACUGUCUAAAGUCGCAAAGGAAGCAGAAUUCUCCUCUGAGGAAGUCCCUUUGCAUCGUUUGGCUGGAAAAUGUCAACUGAAUGAACUCGGUGACCGAUACAAGGCUGAAAGAAUGAGCAAUAAAUCUCCCGAAGAUCCGGAGAUAGUAAAACUUCGCGGGGCAAUUGAGAAAAUCUCAUGUGCAAUCAAUAUUUUGUCUCCGGUCACAGCAAUGGUUGGCGUGGAUCCUGUCAAACGGGGUAAAUCGAGCUCAUGCACUUUCAGUUCAUAG